ACAAUGUCCAAUCAAAUAAGCUAGAUUUUUGCUCCUAUCUAAUGCGAUGAUCAUAAAAAAGGGAUUGAUUUUAUAAAUUUAACAGCCCCAUUACCUCAAGGCUAGAAAAGGCUGUUAUGCGAACGUUGUGAUUUUAAUAAGAAUUGUGAGAAUGUGCAUUAUAAAACUGAUGUUGUUUAAUUUUUAGAAAAAAUUGAGUAAUAGGAAAAGGACUUUUUAGUUAAAUUAGAGAAAGCCUGUUAAAUUAUAAAAGAAUUAAAGGAGCAUCUAAAUUCAAUUGAAAAAUCAUUAGAAAGUCAAAAAUAAAAUAUAACACAAAAGUUAUGUAUCAGGCCCAAUAAUUCAUUAGGUAUAUUUCUAUAAAAGAAGAAUGCGUUGACUAAAGAUAUAGUCAAAGAAAUGAGUGAUGAACUUUGUCAACUAAUAAUGUAGAAAUAAGAUAAUAUCUAAUUGAACGCAGAAAAUAGCUCCACUAUUAACAUUGAAUCAUUAAAAAGGAUUGAAGAAAGUGAUUAAAGGAAAUUGGAAAAAUUGAUUAAUGAUUUCAAAUAAGUUUUGAAUUUAAGUGAUAAUUAGAUAAUGUAAUAAUCAUAAUAAUAAUAAUAAUAAUAAUAAUAAUAACAAUAAAUCCUAUAAGAAUAAUCCUAAUCUAUGCUAUAAUCAAACUAAUCAUUUAUCAAUACUCAUAUUAAUUAUGUAAAUACCUUUACAAAGAAUAUUGGGGAAUAAGUGAUACAUGAUGUAAAGUUUAAUAAUAAAGGCAAUAUUGUUGUAGUUUCAAGUAAUUUAAUUCCUGAUAAAAAUUGUUAUGCAUAAGUUUAUACAUUCUAGGAUAACAAUUUUACUCUUACUUAAAGUUUAGAUCUUCACGGAGGAGAUGUGAAAUCUAUUUGUUUUAUUUCAUAAGAUGAUAAUUUCUUCACAGCCUGUUAAGAUAAAAAAAUUAGAUUUUGGAAAAAAAAAGAAUAAAACAAAUGGGGUUUAGAUUAAGAACUAAUGGAAUUGAAAUCGCCUGCUAAUUGUAUUCAAAUGAAUCAUUCUGAGAAUUAUCUGGCCUCAGGAGGUGACUAUUUAUGUUUUUGGAAAAAAGCAAAUGAGAAAUGGAUUUAUGACACUGAGUUUUCUAAUUCAGAGCAAAAGAUACAAUCAUUGAGUUUUAAUUUAGAGGACAAAUUAUUAGCAGUAGGUUAUCACGAUUAUUUGAUAAAGAUUUUUGAAUAUUAUAACAAUAAAUGGAUUUAGAGAUAUUAAAUGGAAAAGUAAGCAAUUUUAAUAAACUACUUUAAUAAUAAGGAUCUAAUUGAAGUAUAAAAAAAUGGAUAUUUUAAUUAUUAUUUGUAUGAUAAUGAAAUUUCUGAUUAUUAGAUAGUUGGAACAUAUUUUAGUUAACAAAAUUACAAUUAUACUGCUGGGUUUUGUUAGUAAAAAGCAAUAUUAGCCUUGUCUCCAAAUGAAUAGGGAUAAACAAAUUUGCAUAUGAUAAAAGAGAACAGAAUUUCAGGGCCUUUAUAGAAAAUUCCUCAUAAAGGGGAUAAAUUGUUUUUUUCUAAGGAUGGGAAUUACCUUGCUAUUGUAUCAAAUUAAUAGCUAUUAAUUUAUCAAGAUGAGUAAGAAAGAUAUUGA